AUGAUGGCGGACACCACCAUUGCCAAUCUUUCUGUUGACGGUCUACGUGCAGUCUUACGUGGUAUGCUGGCAAAUAAGCCUGAUUGCACCGGAACGUUUGAAGAACAAGCUAGAAACUUUAUUCACGAGACGGCUCCCCGUUUUUCCAAAACGACAAUAAAAAAAGCGGCAAAUGGCCCUUUCCAGCCAAAGUCCUCUUUUGAGGAGACUCGAAAACGUGUCUGCUGUAUGGUCGGCUGUGGACUAUGCUACGAGGCUCUUCCUCUACUUCAGUACGUUGUGGAGCGAGUAUCAGAAAUGGACCUUCAAGACUACACUUGCCUCGACCAAGAAGUUGCAGCCGUGGAUGGUGCCAUUGUGCAGAACAUUACUGCUGUCCAGAAGACACUCUUCGUGGUCACUGGCACAAGGGAACUCUCUGCCGAAGAGCGAUUGCCACUCAAUGCUUUGCUUCAGUCGCUUUUGACAUGUAAGCUGAGCUGGGAGAGAUUCGAACAGUCUUUCCCAUUAGAAAGAGGGCUCGAAGCGACGACAGAUCUUCUUGAGCCUUCUGUAGCCUCUCAAUUACCGACAAAUCCAAGUGCUCUCUCUUGCGAGGAUCUCUCGGCCAUCCCAGAGACAUUCCAUCUGAGCGGCAUUGCACUGCCUCGAGUCUUUACGGGAUUGUGGCAACUUUCUAGCCCCGCAUGGGGAGCGGCAUCGCGAUCUAAAAUGAUGGAGCAUUUCUCUCGAUACGUUAAAAAUGGGUUCACUGCAUUUGACAUGGCCGACCACUACGGGGACGCAGAGAUAGUCUUUGGUCGAUACCGGGCUUCCAGUGCCUUUUCAAAUCAAAUGUUCACUGCAACCAAGUACUGUGUAUUUCAUCCAAUGACCGUUACCCCGGAAGCCGUCCGUGCCAACGUGAGCGAACGGUGCCAGAGGCUACGGACCGAUAAGAUUGAUCUCCUUCAAUUCCAUUGGCAAUUUUACGAUGAUACUCAGUAUAUCGACGCCCUUAGGUACAUACAAGAAGAUGCUCGAGUGAAGCAUCUCGGUCUUUGCAAUUUUGACACCAAGAAUAUGCAGAGAGUGGUCAACAGUGGGGUCAAGAUUUUUACAAACCAGGUCCAAUUCUCUCUCAUUGAUUCCCGACCAACAGUAAAGAUGGCCAAAUUCUGCGAAGAACAUGAAAUCAAGCUUCUUACAUACGGCACCCUUUGCGGUGGGUUACUCGCAGAGAAGUGGAUUGAUCAAGAUGCCCCGGAUCUAUACAGCGAGAACAUCACACCAAGCCAACGCAAAUAUUUUUCAAUGAUCAACAGUUGGGGAGGCUGGGGCCUGUUCCAGGAGCUUCUCCAUACACUUCAGUCUAUAGCACGCAAACAUGGCGUUACAGUCUCCAACGUCGCUACACGAUGGGUUUUGGAUUUCCCAUGUGUGGGUGCGGUGAUUGUAGGAGCACGGAUGGGUGUCAGUGAGCAGUGGCAAAACAAUUUGGCCAGUCUAGGAUGGUCUCUGGAUGCGGUGGAUCAUAAUUUGAUACAAGACAUUUUGAACAAAAGUAAGAAAGACGAGAUGUUCGAGGCCUUGGGCGACUGCGGUGGGGAAUACAGAUAG